UAAAGAAUUAAAGCCAGGCUGAAAAAGGCACAUUUACAAAUCUUCGUUAACCUCGUGCAGGAUUAAUUGCUGACAUAAUUACAUUACCGAAAGAUCGAAAAGUGUCUCUUGUCAUACCGUAAUGACAAACGUGCAAAUCAACUUGUAAAGCAUUUCUAAUGUGCUAAAAUGUUCACAAAGCUUUUAAAAGUUUAGGAUAACCUUCUGUAUAAGAAAACACAUGUCACGCAGGUCCGAUAGGGAUAUUCUUACUUCUGGGGUCUCGCUAAUCAUAAAGCAAUAUGUCGAGCAAUAUCGGAAAGUUGAUUUGGACAUGACCCUGGCCGAGCUGGAACCAGAUUUAAGCCUGCCAAGGAUACAGACUUACGACUUUAUAAUUGUUGGGGCUGGCACGGCGGGCUGUCUGCUGGCGGGACGUCUUUCCCAAUAUUUCAAGGUUUUGCUUUUAGAAGCUGGCGGAAAUCCACCUCCGGCCGUGAACGCGAUGAUAUGGGCAUCUCAAAUUAAGGCGGACACCCUCAUCAAUUACCAAUUCAAGUCUAAACAACAAUACCUGUCAUUAACAACUGGCGGGAUAUUAAACAUUUCCAUGGGUAAAAUGAUGGGCGGGACGGGAUCUCAUAACACAAACUUUUACAAUCGCGGUUCGCCAUAUGACUACGAUCAGUUCGCAAGUAUUACGCAAGACUCGAGUUGGAGUUAUCUAAAUGUUAUCAAACAUUUUAAAAGAUUUGAAAACUUUCAGGGAAUUUUACUCAAUGAAAAUCAGCGAGAUUAUUACGGUAUAAGUGGACCCAUUUCUGUUACCUCAUCCACCUCACAGACACUUGGAAUUUGGCUGGCGCCCGGUCGCGAAUUAGGAUUCCAGGCGGCAGACUCGAACGCGUUUCAGAUUGAAGGUUUCGCUCCCCUCGCCUUGUCGAUUAAAAAUGGAAUGAAAUCCAGUUCUUACACUGGCUUUAUUGAAGGGGUUGAACAAACCAAGCCUAAUUUGAGAGCCUUGCGAUAUUCCCAAGUUCAAAAGAUUUUACUUAACGGGGACAAAGUCGCAUACGGCGUGACAUAUUUGCGACACGGAAUUCCACAAAUUGCUCACGCUUCACGAGAAGUCAUCAUCUCUGCGGGGGCUGUCCUUUCGCCAAUUAUGCUAAUGAAGUCGAGCAUCGGCCCUGCCAAAAUUCUUCAAGCUGCCAAAAUCCCAAUCGUGCAAGAUCUACCAGGAGUCGGACAAAAUCUAAUGGAUCAUGCUGCCAUCCAUUUCAAAUUUCAAAUUCUUAACCCAUCCGCAGUUCAAGCACUGAAUCCUCUAGUGUCCGACCAUGCCUUCGAGGAUGCCAUUAUCAAGUUUCAAUCACCAGUUAAAACGGGACCAUUUGUUGAGAAUUCCCUUCAUCAAGCGUUCGUUGUAUCAUCUCGUGCAAGGAGAGAAAAUGAAGGGCACUGGCCGGAUUAUCAUUUGUUUUUUUACACGGAUCUUCAAAGUGGACUUGGAACUAAUGCAACCUACAUUGAUAUAAACGUGGAAUUUGGGAGGCCUAAAUCCAGAGGGUGCGUCAUCCUGAAUACUGACGCAUAUUCUUCUGGGGAAACAGACGAUGAGAAAUUAGUCAGUCUCGACUUGGGAAGUUUUACAGAUCCGACUGAUAUAGAUGUUCUGCUUGAAGGCCUUCGCCUGGUUUUCAAGAUUAAAGAGACCGCUCCGUUCCAAGCGUUGAACCUAAAGUACUUACCAGACGUUCCAGCACCAUGUAAAUUGCACAACUUUGGCUCGGACGAGUACUGGAGGUGCUACAUCGUACAGACAUCAAGCUCAGCGUGGCAUUUCUCCGGAUCUUGUAUAAUGGGCAGGCGAGAUGAUCCACUAGCCGUGGUAGACUCGGAAUUAAAAGUGCGAGGAGUGUCACAAUUACGCGUCGUGGAUGCCAGCGUGCUGCCAACUUCGACGAAUGGGAAUACAAACGCACCCACACUUCUCGUCGCGGAGAAAGCAGCGUGUCAAAUACUUCGGGAUUACUUGCACCCAUACAGCGAUCCUAAUUUCUGUCCGUUAGAUAAUCCCGCGUAUUUUAAGCCAUUUGGUAAAUAAUUAAUGCUUGUGUUUGUUAGCAUGUUUGGAUAAUAAAUAUUUAGGACCAUG